GACCCAAGUGCCCAAAGCCGGCUUUGGUUUCAUGUCAGCAGCCUUCAACUGCCUUCCAAAAAUAAGCCCCUGCCGCCAUGCCGAGGGGAGAAAAACAAGAAGGGCGGUAUUUUUAGGGCCAUUAAUUCUGACCACGUGCCUGAGAGGCAAGGUGGAUGGCCCGGGGACAGACGCUGCUCAUCACUAUGUCCCGGGGAGCAGGACGUCCGCAGGGCACGCUGUGGGCUCUCGUCUUCCUCGGCGUCCUAGUGGGCAUGGUGGUGCCCUCUCCCGCAGGCACCCGAGCCAACGGCACGCUGCUGGCCUCAAGGGGCUGGGGCACCCUGCUGUCCAGGUCUCGGGCCGGGCUGGCCGGAGAGAUCGCAGGCGUGAACUGGGAGAGUGGCUAUUUGGUGGGGAUCAAGAGGCAGCGGAGGCUGUACUGCAACGUGGGCAUCGGCUUCCACCUUCAGGUGCCCCCCGACGGCCGGAUCAGCGGGACCCACGAGGAGAACCCCUACAGCCUGCUGGAGAUUUCCACAGUGGAGAGAGGUGUGGUGAGCCUCUUUGGGGUGAAGAGCGCCCUCUUCGUCGCCAUGAACAGUAAAGGAAAAUUAUACGCCACGCCCAGCUUCCAAGAAGAGUGCAAGUUCAGAGAGACCCUCCUGCCCAACAACUACAACGCCUACGAGUCGGACAUGUACCGAGGUGCCUACAUCGCACUGAGCAAAUACGGACGGGUGAAGCGGGGCAGCAAGGUGUCCCCGACCAUGACUGUCACACACUUCCUCCCUAGGAUAUGAGGACCCCAGAGGAAGGCUCACAGGUGGAAAGUAACGUCUUUUCUGUUGGAAUUUUGCACAAGUGGACAGUUCCUCCUCCCUCUAUGCCUCUUGAGUCGAGCUCCUUCUCUGCUUAGGAGUGGGGAGACCUGAACUGGUACCCAGAACCACCGGACCCCAUGGCGUGUGACCCACCCGAGGUAGGGGUUGCAGCUGGGCUCCUAGAAUGGCAAUGGAUCGAUCGAUCCCACGCUCUGACCUCGACUGAGGGGAGAAAGUCCAGAGACACUUGUGGAAGAGGACCCUGGGCACUGGAAAAGAAGGGGAGGAAGUGCGUGUGCUGACGUAUAUCCAUACAUCUCGGUCUAUGCGUGCAGACAUCUCAGUCUAUAUCGUCAGAGCCAGGGCAUCUGGGCAUCUCCGAACAGGUUUCUUCCUCCAGGCGUCGCCGGAAUCUGCCUGCAAGAAUGUCACCUGUCAGCCCAGCAGGAUCGAUGCGUGCUCCCACUCUGCCUCUUCCCAAUCACCUUCCCUCUCAGAGGCUGCUGACUCCGUGGGUUGCCCCGGGGGCGGGGGCAGGAAGCAGCUGUCCUCUAAAGUGCAGAGAGGGCAGGGUGACAGGGCGUAAGAUUUAGCUGCAGACAGAAAGACUGAGCGGGCGCUCGAGGCAUCCUGGGUGUGAGGGCUCUGGGGACCCUGGGACACAUUGUUGGGGAAGCUGGGGGAGACGAUAUCCCCCUUUUUUGGAGGAGAGGGUCGGAGCAGUGUGUGAAGCAACUGGUAGAAUACCGGCUAGAAGCAGCGGAAUGGACGGGGCCUCCUAGAGAGAGCCUUUCUGCCCGGAGGACUCAAAUGCUGCGUGUGGCUCCAAGAACAAGCUGCGGCCAGGCUGCCUGCCCGUAACUUUUCCUCACACUGAACUGGGUCUUAUUUUAACCUCAGAUGACAAGGAUCCUAAUAAUGGCAACCUCUUUGGCGAGCAUCAAGGGGUACAAAAUAGGUCAUGAAGGAAGUAGAGAGGUUUCAGACUUCAGAUGCUAAUUCCUCUCCAGUAACGUCCAGGAAACUCACCCAAGUUCCCAUCUGAUACUCUCACUUCCUUCUCAGCCGACCUCCCCCACACAUGCACCGGUGCCUGGAUGCAGUGGAAUUGGGCAUCGUGACGUUCAGAGCUUGCCCCCCGACCCCCUACAGUAGGAGAAGAGUGAUAAUCCGGUGAAAUGGAGCAUCCCAGCUGAAGCGGCUCCUUGCUGCCUCAAUGCCUUCUUGCCUCCUGGCCUUUGAGAGUAUUUAAAGCAAAGGUGCCCCAAGCGACUAUAAAUGUUGUCCGCCUGGAGCCUUUGGAUGCCUGAGCUGUUGGGACGUUCCUAAAUCUGAAACCAGAGAGACCCACGUCGGAGCACACAUAUUUUCAGUGGACGUGGACGGGCAGGUUACAAAAUGAGCUGACACCCUCUGUGACUCUCAGAGGCCCCGGCCAGCAAGACCAGCCCUUCCUCUGCUGCAAAUAUCCUCGCCUUUGACACACCUCUCUAUUUGCAGAUGCGUCCAGCUAUAGAUAGAGCCGGGAUGAGCUGAAGGCAAGGGCUGAUGAUCCAAGGGAGAGACACCCUGCUGGUCACCUCCUCUGCCCGGCACAUAUCAGGGCAGACAUGUGCUGGGGGAGGGACAAGAGGCUGCACCAAAGUGGGCAAAGAUGCAACAGUGAGAGCUCAGGAUGAGAGAGGACGCAGCCAAGUCUUGAAUGGAAACUGGAUGGAGCUGGGGUCUUGGUCAAGCAGAAGGGGAAAACAUCAGUCCAUCUUGACUGUUUGGAAUAUUUCAAAUGUAGAUCUGCUUGGAGGCAGGGGACAAAACGGAUUGUUCUUCGGGAGAUCUUGUCCUGAGUAACUGGUCUGUUUAACAGGGUACGUCGGAAACCGAUGCGCUCACAACCUGAGUGGUGGGUCAGCUCCCAAUAGGAUGCAGUGGCGUGUAGGGGGUCUGGGUGGGGAUGGAUGGAGAGCGAUCUGAAGAGGAGAAGGAAGUCACAGGUCCCAAAAUAUUGGUUCCCUUCUCCCCCAGGUGCUGAGCUCUCUGGCAGGAGAAGGCUCUUCUAAGGAGAGUCAUCAGGGCUCAGAUGGUUAGAUCUUUCCUGCAGCCCCCUAGAGGCUUAUAAAAGUGCCCAAAUCCUGACCAGGAGUUUCCUCAAAUGUCCAUUCCCAUCUCUGAUGCUGGAAGGGAGGAUGAGAAGCUCUCAAAUGCCCAGGAUCGGGCAGGCUUGAUGCCCGUCACUCCAGUAUAACGCAUUGUCCGACGACCCUGUGGGCAGCUGGGCGUCUGUUCUCACUGGUACCCGGGCCCAUGGUGUACUAGAGUUUCAGUACUUCAAAGAUCACCUCUGAUAUAUGGCUGAAUCAUUGACUCUUUAACAUCCUUCCCAUCCAGAGGAAUUCUCCCAGGGCUUUCCCUGUGACCUGUGAGCAACUGAGGCUUAGGGAAAAAUCAACCCCCGUCCAUAGACAUUGGGUCGGGGCACAAACAAAGUGAGGUCUGCACAAGUGUGCAGAGUUCUCUCCUUGCUCAUCCCCAACCGAGGCUCAUGCUUGGCUGUCAGCCCCAUUGGAUCUGAAAGGCUGCAGGGAGGUGGCAGAAGCAGGGGAACAGAGGUGGUCCCCACCUUCCCAC